AUGACUACGUUUUCUUCACGUCUCAUCUACACUGGCCGGCCCGUGUUCCAGUCCUGUACCUGUGUGGAGCGCUACCUUGCGGUGGUCCAUCCUCUACACGCAGAGGACACAGAAAGACAGAUUAAAGGGGAGUUUGAGAAGAUACACCAGUUGCUUCGAGAGGACGAGGCGGCCAGAUUAGCUACUCUGAAGGAAGAAGAGGAGCAGAAGAGUCACUUGAUGAAGAAGAAGAUUGAUGAGAUGAUCGGAGGGUUAUCAUCACUUUCAGACACAAUCAAAGCAGUAGAGGAGGAGCUGAAAGCAGAAGAUAUCUCAUUCCUUCAGAACUACAAGGUCACAAUGAAAAGAGCCCAGUGCACACUGCCGGAUCCAGAGAGGGUUUCAGGAGCACGGAUCCAUGUGGCUAAGCACCUUGACAACCUGCGCAGAUUUUGUGGGAAGAUGCAGGACAUUGUUGAAGUGUUUGCUCACUAUACUGCUGCGACUCUGGAUCCCAAGACUACCCACCCAUCUCUCAUCUUGUCUGGUGAUCUGACCACUGUGAGACUUGGUGAUGGGACGCAGAAGCAUCCUGACAACCCAGAGAGGUUUGACAACAAUAGAAUGGUCCUGGGCUCUGACGGCUUUAACUCAGGGACACACAUCUGGGAUGUUGAGGUUGGGGACAGUGUAGGCUGGACCCUGGGUGUGGUUACAGAGACUGUCCGGAGGAAGGGAGGAGUACGCAGUGGACUCUGGGGUCUAAAUUAUAAAUCAGGUGAAUACAGGGCAUAUUCCCUACCAAAUUCAACCAUUCCCUUCACGUUGGGCCAGAGACCCCAGAGGAUCCGAGUGCAGCUGGACUGGGACAGAGGAAAGCUGUCAUUCUAUGACCCUUUUAAUAACUCACACUUACACACAUUCACACACACUUUCGCUGAGAGAGUCUUUCCCUGCCUUGGUAAUGGAUGUAAACACCAGCCUCUAAAGAUCUUAUCAUGGCCUCUGUAA